AUGAUGAAGUCUUUGAUUAUUAUAUCGACUUUAUUCUGCAUCGCAACACUCACUACCAGUCAAUCAUCCCUCAACCAGUUCCCACUUAUCCUUACUCCUUAUAUCGAGAAGAACAACACGGAUGCUGCCAGAUCCGCCUCUCGAGUGGAUCCUACCAAGUUCCUUAACGUCAGCAGUCAUUCUGGUUUCCUAACAGUAGACGCGGGGAAGAACACUAACCUGUUCUUCUGGUAUUUCCCUGUCGCUGAUAAACCUUUAAAUGCCACACCAUGGAUUGUAUGGCUGCAAGGCGGACCAGGAGCUUCAAGCCUCGCUGGGCUGUUCCUUGAAAUCGGUCCAUUUCAAUAUGAUAAGGAACUAAAAUUACGCAAUUCGUCAUGGAGUAAGGAGUAUUCCCUGUUGUUCAUUGACAACCCGGUGGGCGCAGGGUACAGUUUCACAGAGAGCAAUGACGGAUACGUCCAUAAUAUGGAUGAAUGCUCAGAGCAGUUGUACGGAGCACUCCAACAAUUCCUGGAGAUAUUUCCUGAGCACCGCCACGCACCUCUCUAUCUUGCUGGAGAGUCCUACGCUGGUCACUUCAUACCCGCCCUAGCGCACAAAAUAUUACACCCACCAGCGCAGCUACAGAGAUCUUCUAUAAAAGACACAUCGAUCAACUUAAUGGGUUUAAUGAUGGGAAGUCCGUUGAUAGACCGGCGCGAUUCAGUGGACCUAGCGUCAGCGUUUUACCAAUGGGGUGUGCUGGACCACCAGGGUAUGCUUGCCGUAAAGCCACUGCAAGAGCAGUACAAAAAAGCCGUCGCUGACAACAAUAACGCUGAAGCUUAUAAAUUACGCAAUGAUCUCCUAGACCGUAUUACGGAACUUACCUAUCAAAGGCAAUCCUACAACGUCUUAACAGAUGACGUCGCGCUGGAAAGUUUCAUGGAAUUCCUGCAGAGACCAGAGAUAGCAGACGCUAUCCACGUUGGACAUAGAAGAUUCAUUUUUUCCAACUCUGAAGUCCAUGUGAAAUUAAUACCAGACUUUUUGGUCAGGGCCAGUUCUAAAGUGGAAGAAUUGCUAGAGCAUUACAAGAUACUAAUCUUUUGCGGUCAACUGGACCUUACUGUUCCCUACGUACCUAACGCUGAAGGUAGGAGAAAGAACUGGCACUGGAGUCACCGGGACGACUUUUUGAAAGCGCCUCGUCUUCCGUGGUGGUUCAAUAACAGUGUUGCCGGAUACGUUAAAAAUGGCGGUGGCCUCACCGAGGUACUAGUAAAAGGUGCUGGGCACUUAAUACCUUUAGAUAAACCAUCACAAGUGAAGGAAAUGGUCUCUCACUUUAUAAAGGGUAUUGAUUUUCCACUGCCAACCAACGUCAAAGAGAGUGACAUUGAAACACCACCGUAUACUGAUGAUACAAACGACACCACAUCUUCCACUGCACAAUCCAAGAGCGGUAUUAUAGCCAGUGCUGUCCUGAACGUUAUAUUAGUGCUCAUCAUCAUAUUAGGAGUGAUCUACUGGGUGAGAUGGAAGAAAAGAACGGAGACAUACUUCUAUAGCAUGGUGGACAAUUCUUCGCUAGAAGACGGUGUGCUUACCAUGAAUUAGUUAUGCCUUUUAGUAUAUCCAAUAUAUUCCGUCUCAAUUCGGACAUGGACCAAUAGAUCUUUAGUAUAUGAAAGAUCUAAUUAAAUUAAGUGUGUAUUUAUUUACUAAACUCUUACCGAUUAUUAUAAAACGAGGUCUGCAAUUAGUUCUUUGUUUAAACCAUUGUUCGACUCGACUAAAUAGGGAUGAAGAAUCAUUUUUGUAUGUUUGUCGGUCAGGUUGAUUAAAGAAAAAUUUUAAACUUUUUUUCUGCGUAAACAUUAAAUUACGGCGAUACGCAUAAAUAAACUAUCGCAUGACGUCACGCUUUUGUACAUUUUCUACAAAACUAUGACGUAGCGAGCCCCCACUCCUCAACUUUAAUGCCUAUUAUCUAAGCCAUUUCUUGUUUAAAUAGAAGUAAAAAAAAAUACGUAUCUUUUAUUUUUCUAUUAUAUGACUAAUGGACUAAAUAUAAUAUCUUCUUUUUAACCCAGUUGUCACACGACAAUGAUGAAAAAUAUAACGCCAAUUUGUGGAAUAAUUUACCCAUUACUCGAUCAAUCAGGGGUGUGAACAUCUAACUUUCUAUCUUUAAUUCUAGGCAUACAACAUUUAGCCGAUGACGAUAUUUCGUUUCAUGUUACAAUUUGACAUAUCUUUUGAUGGUUAAUCCACUAAGAUAAAUGACUAAGUUGGUAAAACUUCUAUCAAAUCCAUAAUCAUCAUUCUCUAUCGUUCGUCGUUAUUAAAGUACUUUUCAAAGUAGUAAAAUGAAACAGAAUUUCACCAUAAUAUCGCUAAGAUGUAAGACCUAUGGCUAGAGAGUUAGUCAGUGGCACCCCUGGUACUAAAGUUCUUCGUUUAAUAAGACGGUAAGAAAUCAUAUACAGGGAUAUUAUAUGUAGAACACCGGAAAUCUCGCCGAACUGUAUAAUAGCAUCUUAAACAAUAGCAUUUGAAUUAUGAGUUUAACUAAAACUUAGUAUUUUAAUGAAAGUUACUUUUUCUUUGUACUGUCGGGAUAUAUAUUAUUCAUAGACGAAAGAUACAGCUUAUAUCGCGAGUUAUAUAAGUAUCUUCACGUUGAAUUCUAGAUGCGGGUAAAGCUAUUAACAAUCGAGAGGUAAUCGAAUUAAAAUUAGUCUUUAUAUGAAAGCAAAAUACAACGAUUGCACAAACCAUAUUCAUAACAGCAGAAUGCAAUAAGCUAUUCAGUUGUUAACUAUUUAGUUCUACUAGGUUAUUGAUUUGUUCUAAUAACCCUGUAUAAACAAAUGAAGGUUUCAACAAUAAAUUGAAUUAUUUAUAUUAAAGCUGGUUAAAACUAAUUGUUCAUUUUGAAUGCUUAACUUGCUUAAUGAACUUAAUAUAUUAUUAUUUGCAUGUUGCAUGAUUUAAAAUAUCUUCAGUCAAUCUAUUUAAUUCGUUGUAAAGUUAAGUAGAAACGCUUUUUAAAGUAAAAUUCUUCUGCAUACUUUUUAAGGAAUGUCUUCAACUAUAAUUCUUCUCAGUAACAGGCGCAAUGAAAUCAAAGUCUUGAGUGCCCAAAAUGUACAUAAUAAUAAAUAAAAACUCGUAAAAAAUCAAUGUUAUAUAAGGAGAAUAAUUUAAACUUGUUCAUUUGUUUCGUGGACUGGCUUCUUUCCGCUUACAAUUUUUAUAGUAAACUGACUUCAUGUUUAGCUAAUAUUAUAUUAAUUUUAUCGGUAACCUAAUUAAUGUAAUUUUGUAAAUCAUUGCCUAUCAUUGCCUUCGUAAUAUAUAUAAUUAUAUUGAUAAUAUAUUUUUGUCAUGAUGGUUGUAACGGCUGUGAAUAAUGAGGUGGUAAAACCACAUUGUCAAAAUUUAUUUUUUAUUAAAAUGCGAAAAUUU